UUCAAUUAUUCCUAUUUUAAAAUGUUUUUGUAAAGAUAAGUACCUAGAUAAACAUAUUCAGAACACUUAUAAGUUUUUGCUGCAUCCAGUUAUGGUCGCCCACAAAUUAAUAAUGGAAAUAAGAUAUUGUUACCAGCAUCAGCACUUUAAUAAUUGAUUUUUAUUAAACAAAAUGGACCUAUGAUCUUUAAAAUUUCCUCAACACAAUCAUAAAGAUUUACAUAUGUUGGAGUACUUGAAUUUGUAGCAGAAGAAGGUACUUGUAUUAUACCAGAUUGGCUAUUUGAAAAUAUGAACUUUUUUCCAGAAUGUUUUGUUUUAAUCAGCCUUGAAAAAAGCCUACCUCUUGUAUCUUAAUUCUAUUUAUAAAUUUAGGGUAAAUUAAUUAAGAUUUAACCUCAUGAAACUGCUUUCGUUGAUCUUCCUGAUCCAAGAGCUAUUCUAGAAAACUAAUUUAGAAAUUACAUAUGUCUAACUUAAGGAGAAACAAUCACUAUAACAUUUAAUAAGAAUAAAUAUAUGAUUGAUAUUGUAGAAGUAUAACCGAAAACAGAAAAGCUUGCAGUCUGCAUUAAUGAAGCAGAUGUUGAAAUCGAUUUCUUAUAACCAUUAGUACUCAAAUUUUUUAAAAUAGGAUUAUAACGAAACACCUCUCCCAAAUCUAAUUAAAAACAAUUCUUCUUUGGGUAUGGAAUAAGAUUAAUAGCUAUAAUAAUAAUAAUAAGCUGUAUUUACUGGAAAAGGAGUGAGAUUAGAUGGUAAAACUGGAGUGACUCAACCAAGAAAAUAGUCAGAAGAUGUUAAAAUUGUUUCUGAGCCAUAUAAUCCAAGAAAAAAUAAGUUAGUGAAUGGACUUCGAUAAAGUGAAGAAGCUCAAAUAUUUAUGGGUAGUUGCACUAAAGUUGGAGCAUAAAAAAAAUAACUUUGAGUUUGGAUUAUUUAUUUCAUUAAAAAAUUUUAUAUU